GUAGGCAGCUGAAGAUCUUUGGUCUUUUACUUUUUCGCCUCUCGUUUUUUCGCUUCUCGUUUUAUUUCGUUUUGUAUACGAUGUUCAACUUUCCUCGUCACGUUGGGAUAAUUCCCAUGGCACAAAGGCUCGACGCCGGUCGUCCUGAGUCGAGGCCCACGCCCUCGUCCUCGUCGUCUUCGUCGUCGGCACCGAGAUGCGAUGAAAACCGUGCAGAAAAACGGCCCCACACUUUCCGCUUCGCCGUCCGUGGAUCUUCACCUAGAUGUACGACGACGGACAAGACGAGCGCAUUCCUUUUCACGACAAGAGCCAUCAAUUACCUGUGGUGGAAAAAUCGUAACCUCGUCCGCGCAGAGGAGCUUCUGCAGCUGAAGCACGACGGUAGCCUCAGCAAACCUCCCGGUGUAGACAAUAAACCGCAGAUAAAGCGUAAGUCCAGCGGAGACCACCGCACCAGUGGCAAUCUUCGGAGACGCGCGACCCGAGGCGGCACCGGGCCAUACAGUUUCACGGAGAACGAAGGGCGUUUGCACGUCGCCACCGUGGCCGCAAAUAGUCCGUCGGAAGACACGUACUCGUUGGAGGAACGAGACGGCGUAACGCUCGCCUCCGUCCUGGAUGGCCACGGAGGCCCACAGGUCGCGCAUUUCGCCUCGGAGAAUCUCAUAAAACUGUUUUUCCGCAACGUCACCGGCGGAAACAAGGGGAAAACGAGUUCCUCCUGGUUCGGCGGUACUAGCAGUAACGCGGCACAACUCCCGGGCACGAAAGUUGCCAAAACGGUUGACGACGUCGCGCAGAGCCUAGUGGAUGCGUAUCGCGAAGUCGACGAAAUGUGCUGGGACCGGUGCCAACCUUGCUGCGAGCUCGGCUUCCUCAACGUGGCGCGAGUGGGCUCCUGCGCCGUCUCCGCUGUGGUAUGGAAGGAUCCGGCAGCGGCGAAUAAACCGACCGGAGGCUCCUCGAGUGCUGCAACUUCACCGCGGAGGAGCGUGGUUGUCGCAAACGUGGGCGACUGUCGCUGCAUGCUAGGGCGGACAAGCAGGAAAGGGAGAAAUAACACCACAGACGCGGCUUUGUCAACAACUUCCCCGAAGUUGCGGUUUGUUCCGUCGUCCCGUCUGAACAAGGAUUACAAUCGCUUAAUGUCGGACAUGACUACCAGACCUCCGAACGGGGCUACGUCCGGAACUACAGCUAGCGCUUCCGCUCCACCUUCGCCCGCCAGUCCAACAACUGACGCCCCUGCCACCACCAGCAGUGCGGGCGGGGUUCUGGAGGGUGUCACACUGACCACACUGCACAACGUGAACGACCCGUUGUGCCGCGCCAUCAUGCGGCGCGACUUCCCCGAGGACCCGGAUAUCGUGCAGUGCAUCCAGGGCUGGCAGGACCAGGUGACCGGGAAUUUUUCGAGGUUGCGUCCCUUGGACAAUUUCAACAUGGCGCAGCUCCGCCCGAGAAUGUUCAACAACGAGCAAACCGACACGGAUUCCGCGGACGAUCAUGACCCCGGGGUGCAGACCCAGAGCAUCGGCGCGGCGCUGGGCGCCUCCGCGUUCGGGGCGUCGGGGGCCAACAGCCGGUGGCAGCCGGCGGAAUUCAGCUGCUACGUCAAGGGGUGCUUGCAGCCCACGCGGAGUUUCGGCGAUUUCUACCUGAAGCGCCGCAGCGCGACCUUUGACCCGGUCACGCGGUUGCCGUUGGUGCACAGCCCGAGGCACCUGCCCUACAUUAGUGCGGAGCCCGACGUGCGAAUUUAUGAAGGUGUGGUUGGACGAUGAUCAAACUCAAAGCUACAACUUGAAGUUUGCUCUUGGUCUAGUUUUUGCAAUUCUUAUUUUUUAGAUUUUAUCGCUAAUCAUCAUCAUCAAAGCCGUUGCCGUGCUCAUGUUUGUAGCCUUGUUGGUGCACCACUUGGAAAUGCGCAUCGACUCCUUUCUCGAAUUCGACCGCAUGUGCAACACGACUGGGACAAGAACGCAUCACGAAAAAACGUCUUUUUCGCCAGGUCUCACUUCAGACGACAAGUUUCUGGUUUUGGCAUCCGAUGGGCUGUGGGAUUUCUUGACGGAGGAAGAAGUAUUGGACACCCUGGAGCCCUACUUCCUCCCUGAUUCCAGUGGAGCCGUACAACUCAAGCCAAAGCGUGCGGACAAGAACAGCAGCCGAUCCGAAGAGGAGAAAGACGCUUCCUCGGACGACAACAGCGAAGAUACGGCCGCCAAUAAAGAUGUGAACUUCGCCCAGUUACUUCUGGAUCGGCUUCUCGAGCGGAUCUCCCGAGAAAACAGUCUCGGCUCCCCUUCCCAGCUGCGCCAGGUUCCGCCAAACGCGCGGAGGAAAAUGUUUGAUGACACAACCGUAGUGGUGAUUGUCCUCUAGAAGAUGAAAAAAUAAGCGGCUGCCUACAACUUGAACUUGUGAAUGAGAGCAUGUGGAGGUCGAGGUAGCGAUUGGGCUAAAGUUGUUAAAGUUACGAUGUACAAAGUCUAUGUCUAUCUUCCACCUGGAAGUCUUCGUAGAUGACAUGUUGGACAGUGUCG